AUGUGUAUGCCUCUUCUCUAUCAGGACGCGCAUCUGCAAUCAAGUGGAUGGGAUUCAUGUCUACAAUUUUUCGAAGCUCUGUCGGCACAUCCUAACAUGGUCCGAGAUCUAUACAUUGGACGCGGAGUAGUGUUUUGCCGUCCUAUGCCACAGACCAUCUUUAAGGAUUUCGAUGCUGCGCUUGAGAAGUGCUUGCAGAGCCAGCGAGAACUUGAAACUGUCUACUUUAACCACCACGAGGAUUCCGCUCUGCACAACCUAUUCUCUGAACCCACUGGCCAGAGAAUUCUCAACUCAUUGCACGAAUAUGCAAAAAAGCUGCAUGCGGUAUCACUUGUCAACAGCGAGGGAACGAGCUUCGGCUUCAAAAACAAGAUCCCUGCUUUCAGCAAUCUUCGUAAAUUGGAGCUUGUGGGGAUGAAACAGAGAGGUCAUGAUAGAGUAUCCGAAGUCGCAGAGAUCUUGAUAUCAUGUCCUGGCCUCCUUGAUCUUUCUCUGUCAACCACGGGUGCAGGUGCUGAUGGAGAAGUCUUAGAUCUCUUGCCGAAAGUGGUCGAAAAAGUCAAGGGGAAGAUCGAGAAACGAUUGCGGCUAAGGUCACUGCGCUUGGGAUAUGGUUUCCUGCCUGUCGAAUCAGAAGGAAUAGAUUACCUCUCAGAAGUGGUGGAUCUGACAAACCUCGACAAUCUACGCCUCGACAACGAUCACAUAGGUGUCAAAGAGGUUUUGGACGACGCACCAAUCGAUGUCAAGCAAUUUGCGUCUGCGUAUAAUGUUUCGUUCCUUACUGCCGAACGUCUAAGUCCUGAUAUCGUUGAAUUGAUACAUGUCCUCAAUACGCAUGGUCAACUAACCAGACUCUCUCUACCACGCUUUUGCGAUACACAACCCCGUGUGCGUAUGGAUAGGGAUAAUCAAUACUGGGAUGACUACUGGUACGACGAAUUUCCCGGGGAAAUCCCCUCAUGGUCAGCCGGGCAGCUGUUCUCCGCACCACUCGAGCAAGCCGGAACGCAUUGGAAAAGCAUAUUGAUUGGUGACAUUUUCCUUUUCAACGGACCGCAAGGUCCCAUCUUUGAUUGUUUGACUCGCUACGAACGACUUGAAGAACUGGCAUUGCCCAUGUCAUAUGAGCUGUGGCCACGAUUUCAGAGCGAGGUGAUGCCACAUCUGCGCCAACUGCAGAGAUUGUUUCUAGUCGGACAUACACUGGCUUGUGGUUACGUGUAUCAAGGCAAGGUACUCGGGUACGAGGAUUACGUAGGGCUCUCAUAUGGCCAUUACAGUUCGGGAACCGAAAAAGAACUCGAAGAGAAGGUCAAACAAGGCGAGGCCGAACAUUCGAUCCAUGUUUACAAAUGGUUGAGGGGCAUUUUUAUGGACAAUCGCACCAGCAUAGCUGACGGAGACAAUCGCGCUCUCCUCAGGUAUCUCGGGCUACAGGGCAUGGUGUUCACCUGUAUGUUACUACCAGGCACUACACCUGGUGGCAACAAUUCUUUCUUAGUCAACGAGAACGGCAAGGAAUGGAUAUACGACAUUGUUGAUGUAGACGAAGACGAUGCGGCUCGCUUUGAAGCCAUUCGUGAAUGGAACGAAGGCACCGCGCGGCUGAGGGCUGGAGGAGACGAAGACCCUAGCCGUAACUCUCACUAA